GCCCACAACAUAUGCAGCAGUGAUGCAACCAAAACAGUGACAAAGUAACCACUCUGAAAGUACAUGUAAAGGAAGACGUUUGUUUAUCUUCAAACAAAUUCCGACAGUCGAGGUGUUUGAGUUCAGUGAAGCUUUGUUUAUUAGCCUAUUCGCUGUAGGCAACCUGAUUGUCGGUUAGCUAUAGCCUACUGACGAGUUCUGCCAUGUCAAAAAUUCCUAUGCAGUGGAUUUUUCGUGUGGCUUCAGACAGAACAUACAUUUAUUUCGAUGUAUGUAUCUGCGUUUUGUAGAAUUAUCCGGUUUAUUUGCGAAUCAAACUGGCGACAAAGGAUUUUGGGAGAAGUAGCCUACUGGCUAGAUAUUGCAGCCUAAAUCUGCGAUUGCGAACUCAACGUUCAGUAUUCACAGCGCAAUGGAUUCUUCAGUAACUUCACCCAAUACCUGCAAAAAGCUCUAGUGCUUACAAAAUGUGCCGCAGCGAUUGAUUGCAUUCAGUGCCUUGCUGUAAAAAUAUUAGUGUUUAUGAUUCUAUGAUCCCACCAGUUUACGCUCAGCUAGAUUCGAUAGAAUCGCUACUUAAUGAAAUUCCCUAUAUGUUUUAUCUCGGCCUGUUUUUCGUGAACGUCUUGAUCCUUUACUAUGUUUUUUUGAUGGAAUACAUAGUUUUGAACGUUGGUAUAGUCUUCCUACCAGAGGAUAUGGACCAAGCAUUGGUGGAUUUGGGCGUCCUGUCUGACCCCGGCUCAGUUCCGUAUGAUACAGAUACUGAAUUGGACGUUUUCGAGGGAUACUUGGACUAAGCAACAAUGAGGAGCAGAACAUUGUUUAACCUUAUUUUAGAAGAACAGACUUCUGUUGGUCAUUCGAAACGCUGUGCCAUACAUCGAUCAGUUAUGAAGGGCAAUUGGUUUACAUGGACAGACUGGCGGAAAUUUGAGAUGCCUUCCAAGUACAAAUGGUCACGCAUUAAAAAGUUUUCCAGGAUCAAAUCCGGUGGAUUUCCAAAGACUGGCUGGUCCUGCAUUUUAUAAGGUUGCCUUGGAAACAUGAACUAAUGGGAAAGUCUGAAAAUCAGUGCCCCCCAAGUCAUCUGUCAAACAUAAACAAAUCAAUUCACAUAAAACUAGAAUGAUAAGCUAUAUGUAUAUUUUAUGUUUUUGGACUAAUUAUAUUGAACACAUGGGAGAAGAGUAACAUUUGUUCACAGUAUUAGAAAUUACAAUUUAGUUUUUAGUGAGAAAUAUAGGAUUCAUGUAAAGAGUGCAUUACCUUAUGUGGUUUUUUUGGGUUAUACUUUUUAGCAGGGAAUACGGCAGUUUGAUGCAAACCUGCCUGAAUCUAAUUUACUGUGUUGGUCACUCUAAUGUUUAGCAGUUGCACUACAGUAAUUGCCUCUUGAUAUAGUGUUUGUUUGGAUAGGCAGCAUCCAGUUUUCCUCACUGUAUAUUUUUUUCUCUGUCUCCGCAUUUUAAAUGAUAUGCUAAAGUGACCUCACCAGCAAAAUCCAUCAAAAUCAGUUUUUAAUUAAAAAAAAAAAAAAAAGUAAUACUUCAGCAGUUGUUUGCUCCAAAUAAAUGAUACAAUGAGGGAUUCAUUAUUUAUGCGCAAUGAAAGGCUUGACUGUGUUUCAUUGCACAUCUAUAUUAUCUGAUGAUGAAAAUGUAAUAGUUUGCAUCUCUCUAGGGAUGGAAACUAGCUGUGAGCAUUUUGUAUGAAACAAAUUGUAUGAAGAACACACACUAAAAUUUCUUCCUGUUCCCUGCAGACAUAUUACAGAUUUCAACACACUGCAACACUAAGCUUUUAGCACAAAAUUAAAAGGGAUAACUCACUUCUGACUGCAAUAAAGCUUGAAAAUUAUGUGGGCAUGCAACAGUUUCAAACACUAAUGCCUUGAAAUUGCUAACACUUGCAAUGUACGGAAACGCACACAGAUGCACACAUGGAGAAAUCGACUUCUGUAUCUUUGAGGAAAAUAAAGAUGGACUAUUCCGUGGUUUAUACCAGAAUGCUUCACAAAAAACCAACACGUGUAAGAA